AUGUCCCAUCCUUCCAAUCGCCCAUACCAAGCAAAAGUACAAUUUGAAUCACCCAUGGAAAUGGACGAAUCUUCCUAUAGCAGUGAAGCUGGAAUGCUGGUGAAUGUCGGUGGCCCACGUUUCAAUUUCAGCAUGUCUCUGCCUAUUGCACAGCCACCGAUGGCGCCAAGAUUUAACUUUGGCAUGGAUCUUGAUAUUGGCGCAGCUCCAUCUGCAGCACCUCCUACACCAUGGUUCAACUUUGGCAUGAACUUGAGCAUUCCUGCCGCCAUACCGCCCUCAUCCCCGGCGCUCCCCACCCCGAAACCAUUUAACUUGGGGUUCGCCCUGCCUCUAUCCGCACAGCCAGCCCCCAAGCCAUUCAAUCUGGGCUUCAAUCUUCUGGUGCAGUCCAUGGGUACCCCGGCACUAGCUCCGUCACCGCCAACAACAAAGCCAUUCAACCUUGGCUUCAAUGUCCCAAUGGCAGUCACCCCGCCGACCACAAGGACUGGUGCCGGCCCAGGAAGAUACAAGGCAUCAUUCCGGUUUGAAUGUGAGCCUCCCUCCCCCAUUGGGGAGUGGCAAUCAGAGCUCAUUCGUGUACCGCAACCUUCACCAUAUGUUGCCUUGCUGUGUGUUGGAUCGCUGCCUGCAAUCCCAGAUGCAGCACCAGGACCAUCCAUAUCUCUUGUAUUGCCCCACACCAGCGGGCAUCUGGACUGGCCCACACUGAAAUCUUUGGUCGGUGACGCCGAGCGUGCAGCAAUAGAUGUUCUGAAUCGCCUUUGUGGGGAAGAAUUUGAUCAUCUGGCACAGAUGAUGGUUGGCAGCGCCUUGGGCCCAGGAGAUGAUGUCUGGGAUCCCAAGCCGGAUGAAGUGUUGGAGAGCAAUAGGAUGAUGCUCAUGGCGUUCUGUGAAAGCAGAGACGUGUUAACAAGGAUCUUCAAAGAUCUAAUUAGCCUGCAUCACCUUGCACAGGUUCAUGAGAGGGUUCUUCCUGUGGUGGAAUCCUUGUUGGAUGAAGUUGACCAGGCAGAGGCACAGCCUGGUGAAGAAAUGUAG